UCAUGGCCUGGAGGACAGGUGACCACAGCCAGGCGGCAGCGGGUGGGCUGAAGGAGAAGGUGCUGACACUGGACACCAUGAACCCGUGUGUCCGGAAGGUGGAGUAUGCAGUUCGAGGCCCAAUUGUGCUGCGGGCGCUGGAGCUGGAGCAGGAACUGCGCCAGGGCGUAAAGAAGCCCUUCACUGAGGUCAUCCGAGCCAACAUCGGGGACGCACAGGCCAUGGGGCAGAUGCCUAUCACCUUCCUGCGCCAGGUCCUGGCGCUCUGCGUCCACCCUGAUCUCCUGAACAGCCCUGACUUCCCUGACGACGCCAAGAGGAGGGCGGAGCGCAUCUUGCAGGCAUGUGGGGGCCACAGCCUGGGGGCCUACAGCAUCAGCUCUGGCACCCAGCUGAUCCGCGAGGACGUGGCGCGGUACAUUGAGCGGCGCGAUGGAGGCAUUCCCGCCGACCCCAAUAACAUCUUCCUGUCCACGGGGGCCAGCGACGCCAUCGUGACGUUGCUGAAGUUGCUGGUGGCCGGCGAGGGUCGCACGCGCACGGGCGUGCUCAUUCCCAUCCCUCAGUAUCCACUCUACUCCGCCGCGCUGGCCGAGCUCAACGCGGUGCAGGUGGACUACUACCUGGACGAGGAGCGCGCCUGGGCGCUCGACGUGGCCGAGCUGCGGCGCGCGCUGCUCCAGGCGCGUGACCACUGUCGCCCCCGCGCGCUCUGCAUCAUCAACCCCGGCAACCCCACCGGGCAGGUGCAGACCCGCGAGUGCAUUGAGGCCGUGAUCCGCUUCGCCUUUGAGGAGGGGCUCUUCCUGUUGGCUGAUGAGGUGUACCAAGACAACGUGUACGCCGAGGGCUCGCAGUUCCACUCGUUCAAGAAGGUGCUCACGGAGAUGGGGCCGCCAUACGCGGCGCGGCAGGAGCUCGCCUCCUUCCACUCGGUCUCCAAAGGCUACAUGGGCGAGUGCGGCUUCCGCGGCGGCUACGUGGAGGUGGUGAACAUGGACGCAGCGGUGCAGCAGCAGAUGCAGAAGCUGCGGAGCGUGCGCCUGUGCCCGCCCACGCCGGGCCAGGUCCUGCUAGACGUGGCGGUCAGCCCGCCCGCGCCCUCCGACCCCUCCUUCGCGCAGUUCCAGGCGGAGAGGCGGGCGGUGCUGGCCGAGCUGGCGGCCAAGGCCAAGCUCACGCAGCAGGUCUUCAACGAGGCUCCCGGCAUCCGCUGCAACCCGGUGCAGGGAGCCAUGUACUCCUUCCCGCGCGUGCAGCUGCCCCCGCGCGCGGUGCAGCGCGCUCAGGAGCUGGGCCUGGCUCCCGACAUGUUCUUUUGCCUGCGCCUCCUGGAGGAGACCGGCAUCUGCGUCGUGCCUGGCAGUGGCUUCGGGCAGCGGGAAGGCACCUACCACUUCCGGAUGACCAUUCUGCCCCCCAUGGAGAAGCUGCGGCCCUUGCUGGAAACGCUGAGCCAGUUCCACGCCAAGUUCACCCGCGAGUACUCCUGAGGACACCGCUGGGGGCCAGGCUGGGUCGGACAGCGCUCAGGGUCCUGGGGUCUCUGGAGCCCUCGGGACUUGCUCCUGCUGCCUGUGUGGCUGGGCCCCUGCCUCUCUUCAGGCCCCUAAUAAAGCAGUGGGCUGGCUUUGCUGCUUGGAGACUGUGUGCA